AUGCCCCAAGUGUCCAAUAUAGCCCUAGAUAGAAUCCCCCUCGACAUCGUCCGCCUGGUCGUAAACAGUCUCGACACCAGCACCGACAAAGCAACCCUCCAAAAUCUCCGCCUAACAUGUCAACUGCUCAACGACCUCGCGACCCCCCAGCUCUUCCACACCCUCACGAUUGGAGAGUUAGGCAGGUUACAUACCCACCCCAGGUACCUCCACCACGUCAGGUGGCUACUCGUGGAUCGCUGGACCUGGAACCUGAGCGUAAUCAUGGGGCGCCCUUUAACACGUCCAAACUGCCCCUUCCGGUUUCUGGACUUGCUAACCCAGAUGCCUCGGCUGGAACGACUGUUGCUCAGAGGAACCUACAACUGCAGCGGGGAUGACAUCGGUGUCUCUGAUGACGAGGACUUCAACCAGGAGCAGAAGGCGCUUGAGAUGGCGGACUUGUUUAAGCAGAUGAGUUUUUUGACGCCGACGCGACAGAGAGUCAAGACGAACUUGCAGUUCUUAUAUCUUGACCUUGACAUAAUGCGGAAAUACGAAGACUGGCACCUAGCUACAUUUGCAGCCGUCUUUCUUAUCCCAUCUCUCAGGGUUUUGAUCGCCAGAGGCCAGGGCCUCUCUAUCUCCAGCGACGGGCCGCCGCUACCGAUGGAGCACAUCGGGGUGUCGGGGCUGCGCGAGCUGAAGCUUGCCAAUGCGAGGAUUGAGAUGCCGUUUCUGGAAAGUUUGCUUAUGCUGCCUGCGGCUUUAGAAGAGUUGUCCUUGCGGGGCCAGACAAUUGUUUUACCUGAUGGUGACGAAGACAUCGAUGCGGUGAGGAAAUUUCAGCGGGCAGCGGAGCGACAGAGCGUUUCGUUGAGAGUACUUGAGUUGAAUGAGGGUCUGCAUACUGUUGAUGAGAUUGUUCUUGGGGGCGUGCUUGAUCUGUCGAGGUUUGUGGCGUUGAGGAGGUACGAGGGGUAUUAUGAGGAUGUUUCGAAGAGGUUUUAG